GAACCCAGGACCUUCUGCAUGUAAAGCACACGUGCUAACCGCUACACUAUGGAAUCAUGUCCAACUCGGGAUUUUGAAGGAGAGGGAGAUACAGAGACGUGGAAGGAAGAAGAUCAUGUCACCACGAAGAUGGAGACUGACGUGAUGCAUGUAUAAGCCAAGGAACGCUGAGCAUUGCUGGCAACCACCAGAAGCUAGGAAGAGGCGAGGAAAGAUUCUGCCCAAAACCUCAGGGGAAUCACGGACCUGCUGACACCUUGAUUUCAGACUUCAGCUCCCCAAACUGCAGAAGUGGGGACUUUUCUUCCUGGCACUGGAACCCUGGGCUGUGAAGCCUGAUGUGGGCCAGGACUCCUCACUCUUCUGGGAGGACCUCUGUAGCCAAGGAAACUAUGCCCCAGACAUCUGUCCUCUUCUCCAGCAUACUCAGGCCCAGCUGUAGUGGACAGGUGCAGCCCAGCAUGGGGGAGCGAGGAGGUGGGGCCAGCAGCUCCAGGGACCUCAUCUUCCAGGAUGGAUGCCUCAUCUCUGGAUCCUUGGAGGCCUUGAUAGAACACCUAGUCCCCACAGUGGACUAUUACCCUGAUAAGACAUACAUCUUCACAUUUCUCUUGAGCUCUCGGGUCUUCAUCCCACCUCAUGACCUGCUGGCCCGUGUGGGGCAGAUCUGCCUGGAGCAGAGGCAGCAGCUGGAGGCCGGGUCUGAGAAGGCCAAGCUAAAAUCCUUCUCUGCUAAGAUUGUGCAGCUGCUAAAGGAGUGGACAGAGGCCUUCCCCUACGACUUCCAGGAUGAGAAGGCCAUGGCUGAACUGAAGGCUAUCACCUACCGGCUCACACAGUGUGAGGAGGAGAAUGGCACAGUGAAGAAGGCCAUCACCCAAAUGAUGCAGAGCCUGCUGCUAUCCCUGGCUGCCCGGAGCCAGCUUCAGGAGCUUCGGGAGAAGCUCCGCUCGCCAGCUCUGGACAAAGGGCCUGUCCUCAAGGCCAAGCCACCAGCCACUCAGAAGGAUAUCCUGGGCAUGUGCUGUGACCCCCUGGUGCUGGCCCAGCAGCUGACUCAUAUCGAGCUGGUCAGUGCUACAGUUUGCCUGCCCAGGGAGAGGGUUUGCAGCAUUCACUCCGAGGACCUGAUGCAGAUCAUCAGUCACGUGGACUCUCGAGACAAUCACAGGUGCCGAGGGGACCUGACCAAAACCUACAGCCUGGAGGCCUACGACAAUUGGUUCAACUGUCUCAGCAUGCUAGUGGCCACCGAGGUGUGCCGGGUCGUGAAGAAAAAGCAUCGGACCCGCAUGCUGGAGUUCUUCAUCGAUGUGGCCCGGGAGUGCUUCAACAUCGGAAACUUCAACUCCAUGAUGGCUAUCAUCUCUGGCAUGAACCUCAGUCCUGUGGCGCGGCUGAAGAAAACAUGGUCCAAAGUCAAGACAGCCAAGUUCGAUGUCUUGGAGCACCACAUGGACCCAUCAAGCAACUUCUGCAACUAUCGCACAGCCCUGCAGGGGGCCACACAGAGGUCCCAGAUGGCCAACAGCAACCGAGAGAAGAUUGUCAUCCCUGUAUUCAACCUUUUUAUUAAGGACAUCUACUUCCUCCAUAAAAUCCACACCAACCACCUGCCCAAUGGGCAUAUUAACUUCAAGAAAUUUUGGGAGAUUUCCAGAUUGAUCCAUGAGUUCAUGACAUGGACACAGGUAGAGUGUCCCUUUGAGAAGGACAAGAAGAUUCAGAGUUACCUGCUCACGGCACCCAUCUACAGCGAGGAAGCACUCUUCAUUGCCUCCUUUGAAAGUGAAGGUCCAGAGAACCAUAUGGAAAAGGAUAGCUGGAAGACUCUCAGGACCACUCUCCUUAACAGAGCCUGAAGAUGUGGAUGCCGCCUGCAGACACGGGAUGAAGCACACACGUGAAUCGUGUUUUAAUCUUGAUAUGGGUUGAGAUGUGGUGGCCUCACUGGUUGAGGUCUAUUUUGUAUAUAACUUUUAUGGGAUAAAAUGGUAAUUAUUUCAUGUAUCAACCUUUGGCACAAAGUUUUUUGUUUAUUUUAAAUAACAGGGCAGGGCCCUCGUUUGGGGAGGGAUAGGGAAAUAGUAUCAUGGGAGAUGACAUCCAUGAUAACAUCUCAUUCUAAUGAAAUGUAGAUUUUUAUUUUCUGCUUUUGAUUAUAUCCACAUUGUAGGAAAAAAUAUAUAUAUAGAUAUAAAAAUCAACUAAAACCAAUGUGAGCCCUGCCUGCUUGGAUGCCCUUCUAGCCCUCUGUCUCUGAUGUCGGGGCUAGUGCCUUAGAGGGUACUUGGGAGCUCUUUCUCAUUCUGCUCUAGCCUGCACCCAGCAGUGCCAUGGGAGGCACUGGGAAAACUGGGCCCUAAACUACAGGAGCCUGCCCUCAAAACAUGGGCCACUAAGGUUCCAGGUUCCAACAAGGCCUGAGAGGCCAGGUGGUCUUAUUUGCGUACUUUUGGAAGUGAACCUUUAAAUAUGAGCUUUCCAAAGUUUACAUUUUCCUUUUACUUUAUCAGGGAUUUAUGGGGUUGGGAGGGGCAGAGGGACACCUGACAGCAUAUUUUCUGUUGGAAUAUGUCUGGCAAGGCUUUCUUCAACUACAUUUUAGGAAAAGAGGAUAUCUAAAAUAAUGUAAGGUGGGAGGAGUUGUGGAAUUGUCGGUUUUCCAGGCUGUAACUGAAAGACACACUUACCUGUAAUGAAUAACAUACAAAGUAGACUUGAGAAUGGAGACAUUUAAGCUGUUUUUGAAACCCAGCUACAAAGUGAAAAGAAGCAACUCAUAAGCCAGUAUUCCAGUGGACAGCCACCUCCUCCCCUCUGGGUGGCGGCUUCUCUAAGGGAAUCUGAAACAGAAAAUUAGCCAGGCCAGUAACUGCUGGAGCCCAUGCACAUAUAACUGCUCGACGUUUGGAGGUAUUUUCCACUCCCAAACUCGAGCACACUCAUUUUCUGACUUCCUGGCUGUGACCGCCCUGUUCUCUUGAAAGGGGAAGGUGGGCCAUCCACACUGACUCCAUCUCCCUUACGGGGGGCUUUGCACAAGCAGAUUGGGAACUACUUACCCUUGUCUCACUUCACACGCCUGUCUUCUGCAGAAGUCUGCAGUUGGAGGGCCUGGUGAGGAUGGGCCAGUUAGUUCCUAAUUCCCACAGCUCCAGAAGAGCCUGGAGAUGUGAAGGCGAGGCUUUAGGAAGGAGGUGGCUCUGUGAGCCUCUGCUGAUGUUAUCUUCAGCCCUGGGUAGAACAAGAAUAUUUACACUGUAUUGUCACAGUGUUUUUGCACUUUUCAGACAUUCUAGAUAGUACAUAUUGUCUAUUGAUAGUACAUAUUACUUUGUUUAUGUAUUUGAGAUAAAGAAAGGCUUAAAACUUGAGAGUAUAUAUUUGGAAUACAAUAUUAGAACAUUUUCUGUAUGUGCAUUAAGGAGCUUUCCCAUCACGUACACUUCACUGGGUCCUCAAUUUUAGUACCCACCUGAUAGUGUCUGCGUUUGACACUUUAUUUUCCCAAUUGGAUACAUUUCCUGUGAUGUUUUGGUAUUUUGAGAUGAACUGUGAAUAUAAAGCUGUACUGUAACGCAGGAAUGUCAGUGUUGGUGUGACUGGAUGUAUUUGCAUCAAUAAAAGAACACAUUGCUCCCUU